AUGAGAGUCGUUCUCAUUUUCGCGAGCCUUUGCGGCGUCCUUUUAGCCGAAGAAAGGAAGUACACGACCAAAUAUGACGACGUCGACGUGGAUUCGGUAAUUAAUAGUGACCGACUUUUGAACGGCUACGUUAAGUGUUUAUUGAAAGAGGGACCGUGCACGCCGGAUGCGGCAGAACUCAGAAAAAAUCUCCCCGAUGCAUUGGCCACGGACUGCACGGCUUGUAGCGAAGCGCAGAAGAACGCAGCGAACAAAAUCUCUCAACAUCUGAUCGACGCUAAACCGGAACAAUGGAAACGCCUUGAAGAAGUGUACGAUCCAAGUGGGAUUUACAGAAUCCAGUACUUGGCCAAUAAAUCAAAAACGGAGUCAACGGAUUAA